AUGCUGAAACAGAUAUUAUCGGACAUGUACAUUGAUCCUGACCUGCUGGCAGAACUCAGCGAGGAGCAGAAGCAGAUCCUCUUCUUCAAGAUGAGGCAGGAACAGAUCAGACGGUGGGAGGAAAGAGAAGCUGCUGCAGUCAAGGCUCCAGCAAAGAAGUCACUGCCGAGAAAAGCCAACGGGAAGUCGGUGACAUGGAGGCUCGGUGCUGACAAUGAUGUCUGGGUCUGGGUGAUGGGCGAGCAUCCUUCAGAUAAAUCGUAUGCAGCCAUCUGUGAAGAGAUCCAGGCACAAAGGGCAAAGCGGCUAGCAAGAGAGCAAGGCAAUGAGGGCAGAGAGACUGACUCGUCUGUAAUACAGCCUCUACAUCCACAACCAGGAGUCUGGAGUGAGACACGUCUUCAUGAGAAUAAAAACAUCACUGUGGAGGAAAAGAAGGAAGGUGGAAUAAAAACCACCGCUGCUACAACAGGGAAAAGCCAGGAGCUCAUAAAGAGGGAAACCAGAGAUGUUCACCAGAUGCUGGCAGACUGCCAUGUGAGGAAGCGUGGCUUCCACCAAAUGAAGGAAGCACAGAGGAGAAAUUCAGAAGAGACCACCGGCCCCCAGGAGGCGAUACCACAGAGCGACCCCAGCUUGGAGAGCCAGAGAACAAUGCAGAAAUCAGAUGAGAAUGAGCCCGAAUGGCAGGAAUCCUUGCGGAAAUCCAAGGCAGCAGAUGAGAAGAGACGCUCCCUUGCGCGGCAAGCCAGGGAUGACUACAGGAGACUUUCACUGCAGGGCAUCCACAGAGGGAAGCAGGCAGAUAUUUCCAAGGGUGCCACAGCAGGAGAUCGACGACCACUCCAAUAUCCUCCUCUCCCCCCAAAGCCUAAAAUUCUACCUCCUCCAGUGGCAAACGGAAGAGUGAUUAGGAAAGAGGGAAUCCAGAGGACAGUCUCCAACUCCACUGAAGAGAGCAUCAUCAAGUGGUUCAAAGAGGAGCAAUUCCCGCUCCGAGCUGGCUAUCAGAAAACGACGGAUACAAUAGCGCCUUGGUUCCAUGGUAUCCUAGCCUCUAAGAAAGCAGAGGAGCUUCUGAAUAAAGGAGUACCAGGGAGCUUUCUGGUCCGGGUCAGUGAGAAAAUUAAAGGCUAUGUGCUGUCCUAUCGGUCUGUGGAAGGAUGCAAACACUUCCUCAUUGAUGCCUCCAGUGAUUCCUACAGCUUCCUUGGAGUGGACCAGCUACAACAUUCAACGCUGGCUGACCUCGUAGACUACCACAAGGAUGAACCCAUCACUUCCUUGGGGAAGGAGCUGUUGCUUUACCCGUGUGGCCAAGAGGACCAAGAACCAGAUUACAUCUCUCUCUUUGUAUGAACCUCCCGGUUUCGCUGUGCAGCCCCAUCCUUUUAUUCCCAAAGACUGAACUUCAAACUAGAGCUGCUGAUGCUUACCUGAAACAAUUGCCAUAAGUGCCUCUAU